AUGGCAGCACAAAGAACAAGCCCCAAGAUUAUCCUCGGAACCAUGACAUUCGGUCUCGAUACCACCAGCGCCGAGACCUCAUCCGUCAGGAUUCGUGGCAUCGAGAACAUCAAGCCCUUCCUCGACACCUUCCACAAAUACGGCCACACCGAGCUCGAUACUGCUCGCGUCUAUUGCGGAGGCGAUACCGAGACAGCCCUGGGUCUGAUCGAUACCUCUGCCUUCAAGAUCGCCACCAAGGUCUGGCCGACUGGUCCUAAAGCCCACGGAUCAGAGUUGUUGAGGAAGACCUUCCUUCAAUCCCUGGCAGCACUCAAGACCGAGAAGGUCGACAUCUUUUACCUCCACGCCCCAGACUACACCACUCCCUUUGAGGAGACCGUCAAAGCCGUCGACGACCUUUACCGCGAGGGACGCUUUGAAAGAUUCGGACUCUCAAACUUCGCGGCGUGGCAGGUCACUCUUAUUUACCAGCUCUGCAAACAGAGUGGUUAUGUUCUCCCCACGGUGUACCAGGGCAUGUACAACCCAAUCGUACGCGACAUUGAGCCAGAAUUGCUCCCCUGUCUCAAAAAGUUCAACAUUGCCUUUUACGCAUUCAACCCUCUGGCUGGAGGUCUCCUCUCCGGAAAGCACAACUUCUCCCAGCCAGAAGCCGAAGCCGGCGGCCGAUUCGACAGCAAAUCCGGCCCCGGAAAAUUGUACCGCGACCGGUACUGGAACACUCUUUACUUUGAGGCCAUUACUUCGUUGACAAAGGCUACUCAGGAGCACAAGCUGACCUUGGUCGAAGCAACGUUGAGAUGGAUGUCGCAUCACUCCGGACUGGAUGCACAGGAUGGUAUUAUCAUCGGCGUUGGUUCGAUUCAGCAUCUGGAGGAGAACUUGAUUGACUUCAACAAGGGUCCUUUGCCCAAGGAGGUUGUCGAGGCGUUUGAUGCAGCCUGGGAACACGUCAAGGUUGCCUGCCCCAAGUACUUCAAGGACGAGGCUGCCGCCCGCGUUAUCUACAAAGCAGUCGAAUCCAAGUAA